UAGCUUUAUCUCUAGGUGUUUGAAAUGGGAAAUCCAUCAUAUUAUAGGUUGGCCAUUUUGGGAGUUGUGCUUCAGAACUUGACCAUCUGUUUGGCAGAAAAUGUCCCUGCUAAUUUUGUCUUUGGAGAUUCAUUGGUUGAUGUGGGUAACAAUAACUAUAUUGCUUCUCUUUCAAAAGCAAAUUUCUUCCCAAAUGGUAUUGAUUUUGGGGGUCCAACAGGAAGAUAUACAAAUGGAAGAACUAUAGUGGACAUUUUAGGCAGUGAGGAAGUGGGAUUUAAUUUGACUCCUCCAUACUUGGCCCCAACAACAUCUGGACCAGUGGUUCUGCAAGGUGUCAAUUAUGCUUCUGGCGGAGGAGGCAUUCUUAAUGAAUCUGGCCAAAUUUUUGCCAUUAAUAGGUUUCGAGUCGACCUCAGCCAGUGCGAGGUAGAGCUUCAGAAG